UAGACACUUAUAAUUAUGAGCAUGAUAAGCACGCCCCCAAGCUGUUAGCUUUGUAGUUAGCAGCUAAUCACCAAUGAUAUCCAACAUAGUACAUGUCAUCAAUCCACUCCACGGUUAAUGUCAAGAAAAUCUAUUAAUAUACACACAAUCUCACUUUCUUUUUCAACCAAAGUGCUUUGGAAUUUGGCAUCCCACACUUUAUUACUUUCAAUUACCUUUAAUUUGCCUUUUAUUCUCUCUUUUCCAUUACCCCAUGACCUUUACUCUUCUCCACUUUCCCUUCAUAUUUACCCACCGAAAGCAUUUGAAUUCUUCAAAGAAGAGCUGAAGAUGAGGGAGUUCAGCUAUGAUGAAGUUAAGGCAGCCACCAAGGACUUCUCCCUUGAUCACCUCAUCGGCAAGGGCAGCCAUGGCUGCGUCUACAAGGCCAUCCUCGAUGGAGGCAAGGCUGUCCUUGCCGUCAAGAAGCCAUCGGUUGUUGCACCGGCCCACAUCGACAAUGAGAUAGAUAUUCUCUCAUCAUAUAAUAGUCGUUACAUCGUCAAUCUUGUUGGCGUCGUGACCAACCAAGGUGGAAGCCAACUCCUUCUCCUAGACUACAUGCCGAACGGCUCUUUAGAAAAGUUCCUCCCCUCGAGGCCCAACCAAUCCGAACUAGCAUGGCGAGCUUCCGUUGCAAUUCAAGUGGGUCGAGCCUUGAUUGGGCUACAUCGGGCCAACCCGCCCAUCAUACAUCGCGAUGUGAAGUCGGCGAAUAUAUUGUUUGAUGAGAGGUGGAGGGCCAGACUAGCAGAUUUCAGCUUGGCAGUUCGAUCAGGCGGGCCAGGUCGGCCAGCUGCAGGAACGAUGGGGUAUAUAGACCCAGGGUAUAUUGGGCCUGGUGAGCUCAGGCCAGGGGUCGAUGUGUUUAGCUUUGGGGUGGUGAUGAUGGAGUUGGUGAGUGGACGACGAGCAAUGGAGAUGAGGGAGGUGGGAGAGGGGAUGGUGGGGAGGAUGGCAGCAUUGGCAUUAAGAUGUGUGGCAACAGAUGAUGGGAGGAGACCGGGGAUGGAGGAGGUGGUGGAGGAAUUGGAGAGGGCGGUCGAGCGAGUGUGGUGGCCAUUAGAAGUGGUGAGGAGGUGGGUGAGGAGAGGGUUGAAGAGGAGGGGUGGGAGGAGGGUGAAGGUGGUAAGGGGUGCAACUAGAAUUGUUUGUAGGAAGCAUUUAAUUGAAGAUGGUGAUGAGAAUGGAAAUUGACAGUUAUUUUGGUGUUAGUUAUCACAUGUAAAGAGCAAUGGAAGGGUUCUAUAAUUGUAUUUCUCUUUUCUUUUUCUGUUUUACUCUCAUACAUUUUAUCUUAUUUUAUAUAUGAAGAAAAAGGAAUAAUAAUAUUUACAAUCAUUAAAGUUCACUUUUUUUACAUAAUGU